CAUCCUACUGUCCUUUCACCAUCGCCUAACUCCAAGGGUAGGGGGUGUGCAUAGGCAGAAAAUAACGUCUGCUUAAAACUUUCUUUAGUGAAAGUUCAUAGUCACUCUUUUUUGUGUUUUUAAUUUCUUUUCACUCGCAUAUUGAAAUCGUGUUGAGGCAUUUUUCCAUCCUCGAUUUAUAUUAGUAACAUUAAAGGCAACGUAACUUCACCCAAGAUGAUCGACACAGUGACGGGACCCGCACAGCCCUUCGCAGUGCAGCUGAAGGCCCUGACGGAUCUGGAGGGCCGGUACCAACCCAAGCUGAGCGGCUUGAGGUUCAUCGAGAUCUCCCAGGACAACGGUCUCAGGAUGACCACCAGACUGAGGGAGCUGGAAGUGAAGGACCUGCUCUCUCUGACCAGGUUCUUUGGUUUUAGCUCCGAGACCUUCUCACUGGCCAUCAGCUUGUUGGACCGAUUCCUUUCCUUGAUGAAGAUUCAACCAAAGCACCUGUCCUGCGUGGGCCUCAGCUGCUUCUACAUUGCCGUGAAGUCUGCAGAGGAGGAGAAGAACGUGCCUCUGGCCAACGAACUGAUCCGCAUCAGUCAGAAUCGCUUUACGGUGUCUGACAUGAUGAGGAUGGAGAAGAUCAUCAUGGAGAAGCUCUACUGGAAGGUGAAGGCCCCCACAGCCCUCCGCUUUCUCCGCCUCUUUCACAGCCACGUCCAGAGGCAGCUCGACGCUGAGAGCAAGAAGAUACUGAGCCUUGAAAGACUGGAGGCUCAACUGAAGGCAUGUCAUUGCUCAUUUGUCUUCUCCAAAAUAAAGCCAUCUCUGCUCGCAAUGGCGCUGCUGUGUUACGAGGCCCAGGAACAACAUGACCCUGAGCACACUGACAAAAUAUCAGAGGCCCUGAAAGGUCUGCAGCAGCAGCUGAAUUUCAGAGACGGCGACCUGGUCUGCGUGCGGGAGUUGGUCGGGAAAUGCCUGGCUGAAUAUGCCAGUGCCCGGUGCUCCAAGCCAAACGGCCAGAGGCUUCGCUGGACUAUUUCGGGAAGGACCGCGCGUCAGCUGAAGCACAGCUACUACAAGAUCACUCAUCUUCCCACCAUACCCGAGUCAGCUUGUUAAUCUGGGGGGGCGUGAACAUGUAGCUCCAGUUAUUUUCUUUACAGAUCUUCAUCGGCGAUGAUGGAUUUCUUUAAAGAAAAGCAAAAAAAGAAAAACUUCUAAUUGACUCAACUUUGUUUACCAUCUUACAUUUAUCUUUAAUCUGCCCCAACGUCAGAAAGGUCCAACUACCACCAUCCCAAGUGUUCCUCUCCUGGUUAAAUGUGGCUUGCUAAAGUGUACACUAUGAUCUCGAUAAAAUCCGUACCAAGGUGUUUGGUAUUUCCUGGAACGGGUUGCUGGUUUUAAGCUAUUAAGUAAAUAACCACCUAGGUCCUCAGUCCACUAUGUGGAAGGGGAGGGAGAAGGAUUUUGUGAAUAUCAAAAAAUGGAACCAAGAAAUCGGGCCCAAAAUCCUUAACUCCCACCCUAGGUUGCUAAACUGUCCUGAUUGCACACUCCUACCCAAGGUGAUGAUUUUUUGUUUUUAUUUUGUUACGGAGAAGGAGCGCUGGUUUACUCCAGCGAAGUGAGGCUAUUGACUAUCCCGUCAAUCAUGGCUGACCACACAGUUUGAGCCAAAAUGCCAGUGGUUACAGAUGAGUGGUUUUCAAACCAAUUCUUGAUUUGAUAAAAGUUAAGUACGACAUGUAUUAAUUGAUUUUAGUUGUCAAUUAGGAAGCAAAUAUAAAAAAAAAAGCUUGUUGCAGUGGACAUGUGGAUUGCAAUUUGUUGCAUUUUUUUUGGUCAGAUUCCCUGUUUAGCAGAAGUUUCUUUUAGUGACAUAAAAUGUGUUUCCAAAUUUAAAUCGGCUGAUUGAAUACACCAUCUCGUUAAUCUAUGUUCUUGUACCUUUCAAUAAAACUUUAUUGAAAAGCUA